GCAAAAGAAUAGCUUUCUCAGACCAAAAGCCGGAGCGAAGCUUCUUUAAAACAUUAUUGGACCGCGUUACCAGGAUACUGGGCAUACAUGAAGCUCCUGUGAACCAAAUACGUGUAUUCAAGAAAGAGCUAUGGAGAUUGGAUGGAUGCACAAUCAGAGACAAAGGCAAGUCCUAGCUUUCUUUGUUUUGCUGAGCGUGUCUGGGGCGGGCGCUGAGUUGGGACCCUAUACCAUAGCGGAAGAAACAGAGAGAGGCUCUUUUGUGGCAAAUCUAGGAAAAGACCUGGGACUGGGAUUGACGGAAAUGUCCAUCCGUGGGGCCCGGAUCAUUUCCCAGGAGAACAAGGCUCAUUUGCAGCUUAGGGUUGAAACUGGUGAUUUGCUCAUAAAUGAGAAACUAGAUCGAGAGGAGCUAUGUGGUUCUACUGAGCCUUGUGUACUACAGUUCCAAGUGUUAAUGGAAAAACCCUUAGAAAUAUUUCAGGCUGAACUGAGGGUGAAAGAUAUAAACGACCAUUCUCCUGUGUUCACUGAAAAAGAAAUGAUCCUAAAAAUACCGGAAAACAGUCAUUUAGGGUAUGCAUUUCCUCUGAAUAAUGCUGUGGACUUGGACGUAGGCAGCAAUAAUGUUCAAAACUACAAAAUCAGCUCCAACUCUCAUUUCCGGGUUCUAACUCAAGAACUCAGAGAUGGCAGGAAAUACCCAGAGCUGGUGUUGGAUAAAGAGCUGGAUCGGGAAGAGGAGUCUGAAAUAAGAUUAACCCUGACCGCGCUGGAUGGCGGGUCUCCAUCCCGCUCUGGGACCGCUCAGGUUCGCAUUGAAGUGGUGGACACCAACGACAAUGCCCCAGAGUUUGAAAAGCCAAUCUACAAGGUGCAGAUUCCAGAGAAUAGCCCUGUGGGCUCCCUGGUGGUCACUGUCGUCGCCAGAGAUUUAGACAGUGGAGUCAACGGGAAAAUAUCAUACACACUCUUCCAGCCUUCGGAUGAUAUUAGCAAAACUUUAGAGAUAAAUCCUGUGACAGGAGAAAUUCAUCUUCGAAAACAAGUAGAUUAUGAAACAGUGUUUUCUUAUGCAGUGGAUAUAAAGGCCACUGAUGGGGGAGGUCUUUCAGGAAAAUGCUCUCUUCUCCUGCAGGUCACAGAUGUGAAUGAUAAUCCCCCAGAAGUGACCAUGUCUGCACUCACCAGCCCCAUCCCAGAGAACUCCCCUGAGAUUAUAGUUGCAGUUUUCAGUGUUUCAGAUCCUGACUCUGGGAACAACGGAAAGACAGUUUCCUCCAUACAGGAAGACCUUCCCUUUCUUCUAAAACCUUCAGUGAAGAACUUUUACACCUUAUUAACAGAGAGAGCACUGGACAGAGAAGAGCAAGCCGAAUAUAACAUCACCAUCACCGUCUCUGACUUGGGGACACCUAGGCUGAAAACACAGCUCAAUAUAACAGUGCUGGUCUCUGACAUCAAUGACAACGCCCCCGCCUUCACCCAAACCUCCUACACCCUGUUCGUCGGCGAAAACAACAGCCCCGCCCUGCACAUAGGCACCAUCAGCGCCACAGACAGGGAUUCAGGUACCAACGCCCAGGUCACCUACUCCCUGCUGCCACCUCAGGACCCCCACCUGCCCCUCGCCUCCCUGGUCUCCAUCAACGCCGACAACGGACACCUGUUCGCCCUGAGGGCGCUGGACUUCGAGGCCCUGCAGGCGUUCGAGUUCCGCGUGGGCGCCACAGACCGAGGCUCCCCCGCGCUGAGCAGCGAGGCGCUGGUGCGCGUGGUGGUGGUGGACGCCAACGACAACUCGCCCUUCGUGCUGUACCCGCUGCAGAACGGCUCUGCGCUCUGCACCGAGCUGGUGCCCAGGGCGGCCGAGGCCGGCUACUUGGUGACCAAGGUGGUGGCGGUGGACGGCGACUCGGGCCAGAACGCCUGGCUGUCGUACCAGCUGCUCAAGGCCACGGAGCCCGGGCUGUUCAGCGUGUGGGCGCACAAUGGCGAGGUGCGCACCGCCAGGCUGCUGAGCGAGCGCGACGCGGCCAAGCACAGGCUGCUGGUGCUGGUGAAGGACAAUGGCGAGCCUCCGCUGUCCGCCAGCGUCACGCUGCACGUGCUGCUGGUGGACGGCUUCUCCCAGCCCUACCUGCCGCUCCCGGAGGCGGCGGCGGAGCAGGCCCAGGCCGACUCGCUCACCGUCUACCUGGUCAUCGCCUUGGCCUCGGUGUCCUCGCUCUUCCUGUUCUCGGUGCUGCUGUUCGUGGCGGUGAGGCUGUGCAGGAGGGACAGGGCGGCGUCUGCGGGUCUCUGCUCUGGGCCUGAGGGCCACUUUCCGGGCCACCUAGUGGACGUCAGCGGCACUGGGACCUUGUCCCAGAGCUACCAAUAUGAAGUGUGUCUGAUGGGUGGCUCCGGGACAAAUGAGUUCAAAUUCCUGAAACCGAUUAUUCCCAACCUCCCACCCCAAUGUCCUGCGAAAGAAGUAGAGGAAAAUUCUAACUUCCACAAUAGCUCUGCAUUUAAUUAUUGAUAGAAACCCAGUAAUAAGAACAUUAACUUCUUUAUAUUGUCUUCUUUGAUGAACUAAAUUUUUAAUGCUCAUUACCACCAAUAAGGUUCUAUUUCAUCUUUUUUGUGUGGUUAUUAAUUUCCAAUUCUUACGUCACUGUUUUCCUUUUCCACACAUUUACUCUAGUGAGGUAUUUCUCAUGAAAUUCUAGAUAAUGAAGUAGGCUUUAUCUUCAAAACUGGUAUUAUAUUGUAAAUAUUUCUCCUACUUUUUCUUUAUUCACUUUAUAUUAAUUAUUGCUGUAUUAUUCAUGUCCUCAUUUUUCAUGAACUUCUUUAAGUACUAAAUUAUCUGCUGCAUGUAAUAUGUGUUAUCUUCUGUAUGGUAUUCCUUUUGUCUGUUUUCCUUUCAAAAUUUAUGUCCUUGUUUAUCAUACUCAGUUUUUAUUAUAACACUUUUUGUAGAUUAUGGCAUUUUUUUUAGAAGUUCUACUUUCCCUGUAUUGACAUUUCCCUACAAGAAAUAAAACUUUUUUUAUAUGUGAUAUGAGAAAUCUCUGAUCAGGCUUAUCUCACAAUAAGAAGAAAGCCAGUGUAGGAUAUUGAGUGAUGUAAAUGCAUUUAAGUUUGGAGACAAAAAGACAAAGAUUAGGCCUUCUAUAAUUAAGAUUACAUAUAAAUAUUUAAUAAUUUGUUGCUUUUGAUUCUGAAGGAAAAAAUCAGACGUUUUGUUAAGUUUUUAAUGACUGAAAACUUAGUCCCAUUAGGUUAAGAAAAAUAGAAGUUACCAUACAGAGGUUUAUAUGGUGUGGCUUUUGUAUUUGACAACAUGGUCUUUUGUUGUUAUAUCUAGCCCUUUCUCUGUACAAUAUUCCUAAAUUUAAAGUGAUUUAAAGUGAUUACAGGGAUUUAAAAUACCUUGCUUAUUAUGGAAAAAAUAGAGCUUCCUUUUAGAUAUUAGGCUUUUAAAUAAAAUUCUAUGUGA